GCAGAUCCACAAGGUGGUGAUUGAAAAGCUCUCCCCUGAGUGAGUGAAUGAGUGAGUGAGGGAGAGAGCAGGAAGAGGAAGAAAGAGAAACGGUUGGAGAGAAAAGGGAGGAGACCAGGAGAAAAUGAGAGGGAAAUAGUGAUAACUCACUUAGUAAACAGGGCAACGUUGCUGAUAAGGAACAUAUCCAUCUGUUUCCUCCAUAACAACCCAGCAUUCGUCCAUUGCUAUCUCUGGAUCAAACAGAAGAUGACGGCAGCAAGUGUACCUGUGAUUUCUUUUUCUCUCUCCCUACUGGAAUCCUCCUCUUCUAAUGAGUCUAAUACUAACUCUACUUCCCAUCAGUCUAGUGGUUUAGAGAUGUCCUGCUUCACCAUGAUAUUUGGAGCAAUUUCCAACAUCACUGCUCUGGGAAUCCUGGCUCGGUCCCGUGCCAAAUUUCGACACCAGUCAAAAAAUUCAUUUUUACUACUAACAGUAGCAUUACUUUUGGCUGACCUUUUGGGCCAUGUUAUUUUAGGGGCCUUUGCACUGCACGUGCGUGUAAAUCAGCAGUAUAAAAUCUUAAAACCUGGAACAGGCUUCUGUAACAUUUUUGGAGCAAGUAUGGUGUUUUUUGGCUUAUGUUCAUUAUUGCUUGGUUGUGCAAUGGCGGUGGAACGAUGUGUGGCAAUCACCCAGCCAUUUUUCCAUGUUUCUAUGAUUACAGUCACUCACGCUCAGUCAGUAGUGCUUUCUUUGUCAACCUGUGCACUAGUUCUGGCUGUUUUACCCUUUUUUUCAGUGGGAAACUAUUCUAUCCAAUAUCCUGGCACAUGGUGCUUUUUACCUAUUCAAAAAUCUGAGAUACCUGCUGACAACAUCCUAGUUCUUGUUUUCUCUUGUCUGGGUCUCUUCGCUCUAUUUUUUUCCCUGCUCUGCAACAUCGUGAGUGGUCUGGCACUUCUGCAUGCAAGAAUGAAAUCGAGAAAUGGAAAUACGACACCUUCAGCAUGCAGUGGUCAUCGUGCAUCAUCAGCAUCGUCAUCCUACUUAUUUUGCUCUUUGGAUGUGGAAAUGUUGGUGCAGCUCGCAGCAGUCACUGUGGUAUCUUGUGUCUGUUGGGGCCCCUUUCUGAUCCAUGUUUUCAUGAAGCAGUUUAAGUUGGGUCCCCACACCAAAGCAGAUCCAUUUACUCUAACUGGCCUACGCCUGGCUGCAUGGAAUCAGAUUUUAGACCCCUGGGUUUAUAUCCUAUUUCGAAGGACAGUCCUAUCAAAACUUUGCUGUGGUCGUUAUUCACAAGGCACUCUGACAUCCAGCAACUCCUUAUUGGAGAACCGCAGACAUACCCUAACUUCACACUGACCCUGGUCCCCCCCCCCC